CACACGCCCACACCCUCGCGCCUCCAGCGCUAUAUCUGCUCAGCAACCCGAUAGCCAGCUCGCAAUUGUGUGGACCAGAGCGAGCCAGGGAGGGCCAUGUCAUCAAUGGAGAUGAUGGGCGACCCGCCGGGUCCGCGGAGUAAAGUGAAGCUACUGCUUCUUGGUUUGAGACGGUCGGGCAAGUCUAGUAUACAAAAGGUGGUCUUCCAUAAGAUGGCUCCCAAUGAAACGCUUUUCCUCGAAUCUACUGGUGAGAUCAUCAAGGAGAAUGUCAGCUCCUUUAUCGACUUCCAGGUUUGGGAUUUUCCUGGGCAGAUUGACUUCUUUGAAGCGAGCUUUGAUGCAGAGGCCAUCUUUGGAGACGUCGGUGCUCUUAUCUUUGUAAUUGAUGCACAGGAUGAGUAUCAAGAAGCACUGCAGAAACUACACAUGACCAUCACCAAGGCUGUGUCGGUGAAUCCUGGCAUCAACAUCGAAGUAUUUGUGCACAAGAUUGACGGCCUGUCAGACGAUUAUAAGAUUGACGCGCAGAGGGAUGUACAGCAACGAACAAUGGAUGAACUGACCGAUAUCGGCAUGGAAAACGUGGUCCUCAGUUUCCAUCUGACAUCCAUCUUCGACCACUCCAUCUUUGAGGCCUUCUCCAAAGUCAUUCAGAAGCUGAUUCCACAGCUACCGACACUAGAGAACCUGCUCAACGUGUUCUGUGCCAACAGUAUCAUCGAAAAGGCUUUCUUGUUCGAUGUCAUGUCAAAGAUCUACAUUGCAACCGACAGUUCGCCAGUGGAUGUGCAGUCGUAUGAGAUUUGCUCAGACUACAUUGACGUGAUUUUGGACAUCUCGGAGAUCUAUGGAUACCGGCGACCAGAGCAAACAAACGGAGACAUGCAGACUGCGCAAAGAGUCUCAAAAGCGCAAGAGAAUUCCGAGGCGUCGAGCAUGAUCCAGCUCAACAAUGGCAUGACCUUAUACUUACGGGAAAUCAACCAGUACCUCGCCUUGAUCUGCCUGAUGCGCGAUGAGAGCCACAAAAGUCCUGGUCUGCUGGAGUACAAUGUGCAGCAGUUCCAGCGGGCCAUUGAGGAGAUUUUCGAGGAUCGGUGACGUCUUGUUGCUGCGAUCAAUCUCGUCCUCAAAUUUUAUUAUUCAGCGCCCAAGAGACACAAGCGCAACCUUCCAUACUUGUACCACCCUCGAGUAGCAUGUCCAGCUAGGGCCCAGGGUCGUAGUAGCACGACAGGCAUCUUAAUACCAAAUCACCGCCGAGCCGGG